CUCCCUACCUCCUCGUUCAAAAGCAGCCAAGUUGAAAGAGGCCUGCAGACAGCCCUGUGAUCACCUCCAAAAGCUGCUAUCAAGAGAGCCACCGAGAACCUCCCAAGAUGAAGGGCUUCCUCUUCCUCCUCCUCCUCAUCAGCCUCCUGGUUAUGAUUCAGAUACAAACCGGAAUCUCAGGAAACCAGACCACCAACAAGAAACCCAUGAGUGGGGCCCCAGCUCUUGGCAGCCUGGGUGGUGGCAGCAUCCUUCUCUUCCUGACCAACACCCUCAUCCAGCUCUUCCAUCUCAGCUGAGGGGGGCACGCCUCAGCCACAGCCCUGUGCCCCCUGAGACAGCUGCCACCAUCACUAGCAAGAGAAGUGCCCCCCACAAAUCCUUGGGAGGGGUUGAUGCCAGAGAUGACCGGGUUGUGGGAACUGACAGGCGGUGCCUUGGGGGCAAUGGCCGACACAGGGAGGUACUGAUGUGGAGGGGCAGGUACCACCCAGCCAGGGGUCAAUAAAGUUGUCAUAUACUUGGA